UCCAGCAGGCAUGGCUGCGAGCACCGGUGGGGAACUUAGGCGGCGGCUGGGGGGUCCGGCGGGAGACGCCCCCCACCGACCGCAGGAGCCGCGCGCCCCUCCGGCGCCUUCCUUGCGCCCGGGUUCCUUCUGGCUGACGCGGCUGGUGCUGCUGCGCGCCACCGCCUUCAUUUACCUUGUUGCCUUUCUGGUUGCCUACCAUCAAAACAAAGCCCUCAUUGGAGAUCGAGGCCUUCUGCCAUGCAAGCUGUACUUGGAGAAUGUGAAGCGCCAUUUCAAGGGCAGAAUAAACAUGGAGACAUUAAGCUAUGCCCCAACCCUGAUUUGGUUCUUGGAUUGGUCCAGCAUGGACAGCAUCCUUGAUGCCUUCGCUCUCAUUGGUUUGGCCAUCUCGGCUUUUGUCCUGGUCACUGGAUGUGCCAACAUGAUUCUGAUGGCUGCUGUGUGGAUGAUCUACCUCUCCUUAAUUAACGUGGGACAGAUCUGGUAA